AUGCCUCAUGGAUGGGCCUUGCUUGGCACCUUCAUUUCACUCCUCCUCCAUCUUUGCACCGAUGCCUUGAGAAGCUCUGCUACGGACGACGCCGCCGUGAACCAAAUCGCACCGACCGAAGACGAUGCCACAGUCGAAUUGAAAGGCCAGGGAAAGGAUUCUAUCCAGCUGGAGGAUGGGCCAGGAUACAGCACAGUUCUUAAAAACGGAACUGGCCGACUCGAAAACCUAGCUGGGCGACAGGUGGUAGCUGUUGGAGGAAAAGACACCUCCUUCGCAACAUCAUUUGUCGUAGUUCCGAUCUGGGCAAAGCUGGAGAACGGAACAAAGCCAUAUCAAGUUCGUCUCCUGCCUCUAGGCUCCCAGCCGGCCAAUCAAAUAUUGUUUGGCCUCGGCCUCAUUCCGGCAUGCGUGGCAGUGUAUGUGGCGCUCCUCACACUGCCACGCUUUCUUCUGGAUCUAGCCACACAGAAUGACCUUUGGAAACAAACUACGAAGCCCGAGGAUCGUAACAAAGAUCUGGUGCAGCUAGAACACUAUGCGGAUAAGCUGGGCAUUGAGAUGCAGCCGGCCUUCAAUCUGAGGGAGUCCCCCUUUGCGAAGGCUGCGCAGCAUCAGCUCACACUGUGGGGCCUGUGCAUCUUCGCAACCGGGCAGUUCCUUGUCUCCGUGAUCUUUCAUGCCUGGCUGUUGGCCGAUGAGCCCUUCAUGGUGUCACUCGAGAUUGCAGAGACCUUCUUGAUCCUGCUCUGCUGCAUUUCCGUGGCGCUAGGAAUGAAAGCAGCAGCGAAGCUGAAGGAAGAGGAGGCCAACUGCCCUUGCGAGAUCAUGAUGAUGAAGCCCAUUUGGGAGCGGCUGUUUGGAACUCGGCGCGAGCCACAGACGGAAGAGGCGUCCCACGAUGCUGAGAAGAAGGAGGACCAAAACAAACGGAAAGGCUUGGAGAAGGUGGACAUCAAAACAGGGUUAGCCAAUCACCUUCUCGUGAUGUCGCUCCUUCCUUUCGUUCCCACGCUGCUGCUCAUCUAUUGGUGCCCAUCGUCAUGGACUGUGGAUUCGAUCCUUACCACCCCAAUCUUUGCCAUGUACAAGGCUACAGAGCUCCUCAACAACGAAUGUCUUCUGUACUGCCUGUUUUUCCAGUUCAUGUUGGAUACCUCUGUUGUGGCCCGCACCGUGCAAUCCCAUGUGGACGCUCUGGCUGAGAGGAUCGAGGGUGAGAUCAGCGAAGAAGAAAAGGAGUAUUUCGACAAAGACGACGGAAGGACCCUCAGGCCCGACAACAAGGAUCCGUUCACCGAAGGAUUCAUGACGAGCGUUCACCGUUACAUUGUGAAGCUGGCGACAAGUGUCUUACCCCGCUUGAGCACCAUUAGCGGACCUAUCUUGUUGUUUGCAAUGUGCAACUGGUCGCUGGGGUUCUUGCGCAUGUUUCGACACUUGGCUGUCGCUGCUGGUGGACUGCCGAUGUACAGAGCCGCCACUUCUGUGCUGCAGGUUCUUUUCGUGCACCUGCCGAUCGGGCUGCUGUGCCUGCUGCCCUUGGCUCAGGUCUCAGAUGCUUGUGACCUGCUAAAGGAGAAGUUGAACAACCUGCGGAACGUCGUUAGUGAAACUGGCGACGAGCAUCGCAUCCAGCUGACAGAAAACUACAUGCAAGGAGCCAAUCGUGGCCAGGGACUCGGAUAUGAGUUGUACGGCACAGGCGUCAUAGUCACCAAGCGGGCGUUGCUAGCUAUGUUCGCGAAAGCUGCUGGCCUGGCGUCCUUGGUGCUCUCUGUGACCUACCAGAUCAUUCGCUUGCAGAGAGGUUACCGACUUGGCUUGGCCAGUAACGGAUCGAGCAUCCACUGA